AAAAAAAAUUGAAACCAGCCCAUUAAGCCCAUAUCACACAAAUUUGAUACUACUACUGGUUCUCCAAUUUAAUUUCUCUUUCCACUUUCAAAAGAUGAAAUUUUGAGAUUCAAACCCUAACCCUUUUCCACUUUGCAACUCACCGACCCUCAACUUUCCUUUCUCUACUGCCGUCAAAUUGCUUAGCAGUUGCAGGUUUCUUGUUUUCCCUUCUCUAAUCUGAAGAGUGACUGAGGUGAGGUAACAACAUAAAAUGGGAGCGGUGGAAGAGAACAUUAAACUGCAGAGUCCACCUGAAACGACGAUGGAGAACAUCGAAGCCUUGCUUGAGGCAGCAAGAUAUAAUGACAUGGACGAUGUUGUGAGCUUAACAUCCAACGGCGUUCCUAUUGAUUCCAAGGAUGAUCAAGGUAGAACAGCUCUUCAUAUGGCUGCAGCAAAUGGACAUAUUGAUAUUGCAGAGUAUUUAAUCAGUAGAGGAGCGAAUCUUAAUUCAGAAAACGAGGAAAAGAACACACCUCUUCAUUGGGCGUGCCUCAAUGGACAUGUUGAGGUUGUGAAGAAAUUAAUAAUGGCUGGAGCUAAUGUUGGUGUUUUAAACAGUCAUGACAGGACUCCAAUGGAUGAAGCUCUGACUAGAGGCAAACUUGAAGUGAUGGAUGCAAUUAAUGAAGCAGAGGCACUAGUUGAACUUCGUGGCGCCAUGGGUUCUUCAAAGGAAACUUAAAAUUUAUCGUUCUCUAAGUAGCUUGUAAUAUGAAACUUUGGUGAUAGUUAUACUUAUCUUCUUGUGAUGUUUGCUUUGUCAGUGUGAACACGAUCACAAACUUUCUCCUUCCAGUUUCUAUCUAAUUCCUGGGAAAUGGACUUGAAGCCAUUUUGUGUACCUGAACGCAAAGUUGAUAAAUUUUGAAGUAAAAAAAACACUUUAGGUGCAAUAAACUUUAAAUUUUGAAUCA